CCAGUAAUGUGAGGUUAGCCAUAGAAAUGUGCCACUUAGGCCAAGCUUCUCCGAGAGGCUGUCUUUUAGUCAUCACUUUGACUUAAAUUAUUUUGCUUUAUUUACUUUCUUUCAUUUCUGUAUGUGACAGUAACCGUUGCUAAAAUGAAGGUUAGCCCUGUGCUUAGCUACCUAAUUUUACAUGAUCUAUGAGUUAGUCCAACAACAAGGAUGAGUAUGAUUGUGAUUGUCUCGGAGAGCACAUACUGAACUCAUGCAAAAGCAGCAGCGGUAAAUUUUAGACUUGGGGCAUUUAUGCAGUGCUCUGCAGUUAUAUUUUACAGUUUUUACAAAUACAGUGGGGAUCAAAAUUAGAGAACGACAGAUGUUUUUAUUAUAUGGAAAGUCACAGCUUAUCUGAAUUCAAAGUUAUUCUAAUAUGAAUGAGCUGAUCUUAAAUGUUAAAUCUUGGAGGUUUACCUUCUAUGAGAAAAAUGUUACUCCACCUUUUAACAACACAAUUAACUCUCAUAAUCACUUCCACAAAUAUUGACUUGUGUUAACAAAGCAAGAUAAAUGCACCUGCUAAUCAGAAGGGCAGCUAACUCAACAUUUGGGCAAUAUUCCCUUGGGGUUGUAAUGCAUAACGUCCAGUGAGAAAUGAGUGCAACAAUGGAGCCGUUUAAUACCCCCAAAUUAUUCCAGAGUGUUUUCUUCGUCUCUGUUUGCACAUCAUUUGACAGGCUGCAGCUAUCCUCAAAUCCCCCCAACAAAAUGAAAACAGCUGGUCAAAAGCAGCACUAAUAUACAGAGUGACAUAAUGAAUCGUUUGACACAGCAGAAUUCCAUCCGCUCUGAUGGAUCUGGUCAGUAGACAAUGACGGGUUUUUUUUGUGGUGUUAGGAACAAAGAAAGGACAACUCCGGAAUAAAUGACUGGGUGGCAUGACCGGUUAUUUUGCUGAUAGGCACCUUGGUUGCAGUUUAGUGUAGGAUGAGGCAGCUCAGGGGAGACCACACGAUUUUCACACACUAAAUGUGCUGAAGGGAACAAAGCAUAACACUGCUGGUGAAUCCCAAAUAGCAUGCUCAGGACCAGCUGCCUGUAUGAGGUUCGCAAGGAGAAGUAUGACCGGGGCAGCCUUGAGGAACUGGACCAUCCAGAUGUCUCUUACCCUGAGUCUGCUAUCCUAGACUGGGAGAGUCUGCAGGAGCUCAAUGAAUGCUUCACCAAGUACAUCAACUGGGCACGUGUGCUCGAACAGCACAACGCCAUCUUCAGGAAGCAGCUGGAGACUCUGCACAGGAUAGAGGAGGUCUCUAACCUGGAAGAUGGCUUUGUUGAGCAGAUCAAGCUGAACCGGCAAAGGAUUAGCGAACUGUCAUCUCAACGCACCAAAUUAAAGCAUGAGUGGGAAGAUGCUGAGUGGGUUCUGACUGAGCACAAUAACAGGUACAGGAGUGAAUGUGAAUACCAACAGCAGCUGAGAAACACUCUAGGGCAGCUUAAUAAGGAAGCUGAGGCUGCUUUGCUAAGGAAUUUGGGGUUUCAGAUCCAGUGCCAGUUUCUUCAAGAUGACAUCAGUUCCACUAAAGAGAGGAACAAACAGAACUUUACUGAGAUAAAGACCUAUGUGGACAUUCUGCGACAGAUGGACCAGGCAAACCCACGGGUCUCUGUCGUGACGUGUGGAAUUACAGAGGAGAAAUUCUUGGCCCAGAGAUGUGUCCCCAUCCUGCAGAGUCAGCUGGAAGAAUAUGGGCGCACCCUCUACCAGCUGCAGUCAGAAAAUCACAGGCUCCAGAAUGAGACCGCAGUGUUGGAGCAAACAAUCAAAAGCACCCGGGAGAGCUACGAUGACAAGAUCCAGCUGUACAACGAGAAGAUUAACAUGCUGUAUAAGGACAUAGAGGAGGCCGAGUGCAAGCUGGAGAAGCACACGAGCAAGUGUCGGUACCUGGCCAUCUAUCAGGCUUCUCUGGAGAAUGAACUGGACAGAUAUAGGAGGAUCAUCAAGAAAGAGGGUGGCAGACUGAACUUGGCAAUUAGCGCUACUCCCGUGAUGUUCUCAACGAAGUUACAAUUUGGCCAAACCACCCUGGUGGGCAGCAGAGGAAGAGAUCUUACUCAAGCCAUACAGGACAUCAGCAAUGCAAAACCUCGCCUGAAGGUUCUGAAGAAAAAAGUGCUAAAUCAUAAGGACGUUACAUCCAAAGAAACUGUGCUGGAGGGGAUGGAGAGGGGGAAGCCGGUGGAAGAAGAGAAGGAGAUGAAAGAGCAGAUGGACUCGGUUUUAUAUCAGAAUGUUGGUGGUGAAGCUGAGGAUGUUCCAGAUGGAAGCCAGGUCAGUAGGGGAUUUAAUAUGCUCCGUGAUCUCCUGAGAGGGCGACUGGGUGAGCACAAGAAGAAGGUGCCUGAACCUGAGCCUGAACCUGAGCCUGCAGUGGACAUCUACACCAAGGGCAGAUAUGUGACUGUAACUGGUGAGGGCAGCUAUGCGAGCCCUUACUUCUCCUCUUCCCCUUCAGCGGGACAUGUUUUCAUCACCAAGACCAAAGGUGCAACACCUUCUGAUGAAGACUUAGGAAGGGAAAUACCCAUUCCUGUUCCUGUUCCCUCCCCAGCUCCCUCACCUCCACCCGUAACACCAUCUACUCCUACAGGAAAUGGGAAGGAGGCUGGAAAUGGCAAAAAUGACAGAAAGGAGGGUGACAAGGAGGCAGAUGCUGUGGGCGGAAAAUAUGGGAAGAGCAACGAGAAUGGAGGUGAAGAAGAAUCUCGGCAUCCGGAAAGUGACCCGGCUCAGCCCUUCAAGUGGAGCAAUAUCUCUGAUGACAGUAGUCACUAUUUGCCCCUACCCCUAAUGCCCCUCCCCAGAGUUAGCCCAUCCUCUCAAUUCAUGAGCUAUGAGAAGAUAGAGAUGGCAGAAUCAGUCAAGAAGACAUCUGACAACAACCGAGUCAAAGCCUACAAAGAGACUGUUGUUAUUGUGGAGACAAUGGUUGAGAAGACCAGCAAGAAAAUGCAUAGAGGAAGAUCCUAUUAAUACCCUCUUUACUACCCUACCUUACAGUCUGGAUUCCAGCUCUGGAAUAAUUGCUGUUAUGACUGACUUUCUUUGACACUACUUUGCUACUUUUUAUGCAUAUGCCAUUAGCAUAUGAAAAACAGGGAGUAUGAUGAGUCAAUUAAAAAAGGAAGAAAUCAACAAAAAUCUUUCACAGGUGUAUGCUGCACCCAAAAAGAUUAUACACUCCACCUCUGAAUUAAACAG